AUGAACACAGACGUGGAGUUUUGGGAGUUCCGCAAGCUGCACGACAAAGACGACACCCUGCUGGACAAGGUCGAAAAACAAGGCCUGCCUGCGCUCCGCCGUUACUCGUCGUCGUUCGCCCGCAUUGUGCUCGGGUCCGCCUUCUUUCUCGGCGGCACGCACGAGCUCAGCUACGCGUGGAGACCCUACGAAAACCCGCUCUACGUGGAAACCUGUCUCGCGAGAGACAAGGCCAUGCAGGACGGCGAGGAAAGCACGUACUGGCUGGGCCCGAAAAACUACAUGCCCAUGACCAUCUCGCAGUACUUUGACCUGGUCUGGAUGCAGUACCUGACGCGGACCGACGUCGAGAAGGCGAUGCGGUCCAAAAUCAUGGCCAAGUUCAACCAGUGUAACGAGAAGUACGCCGAGUCACUCAGAGACACGGCCACGCUGGGCUCGCGCGUGCAGCGGGUGAUCGACCAGCCGGCGCCGAAACACGCCAUCAGCAAGGACGAGGUCAGCUCGAUCAUCGGGGCGUUCCACACGGACGAGGACCUCACGGACCCGGACGUGGUGGAAAAAUACUGGUUCGAAAACCACCCCUGGAUCAAGCUCCAGGUGCUCACCAACACCAUGUACCUGGCCUCCAACAUCCCGCGCGUGGCGCAGCCAAAAGACGAGCAGCCAGAAGAGCGGGAAAAACGUGAUGAACCAGACGCAGAUCUGCCUGCUCAAAAUAACGAAUAA